AUGGGGAAAUGGGCACAUAUUGAAAUAGAGGAAAUUCCAUUUAAACAUAAGAAAAAGAUUUUUUACACUGAGGGUAAUCAAACACAGGAACAGGUUGUCCAGAGAGGUUGUGGAGUCUCCAUCCUUGGAGGUGAUCACAGGAAACGUUUUCACAAAAAACAGCUGAGAGAGAAGCAGGCCAUGGAGAAGGAUACUACAGACUUGAACCAUAAUCUUCUCAGAGGCAAAGUUACAUGGGCUUUUGAGAAAAGGUAUUUGAAAGAAAUUGAAGGGAAGAAGAAGAGAAAAGAUUUGAUCCAGUACAAAAAGACAAGACACACAGACACCUGAACUGAGUUAAUAAGCAGGUUAAAGUUGAUGAGCUUUAGCAAGAGACUUGCUGUGGAACAAGAGCUGCAAAGGUCUCAGGAAAUCCUUGAUCAGCUGAUGGAGGAAAUGAUCAGGAAAUCAAAAGAAAAAGCUCUAAAGGAAGAGGAAUGAAGAUUUAUGGCCAAAUUUAGAGCAAAAGAGAAUGAGGAAGAGAAAAGAAGACAUAAAUGUAUGUUGCUAAAUACAGCCAAGAGGAAAAUUCAGCAAGCCCCAGAAAUGCUGGCCAAAACUAUUCAACAGAAAGUAAAAUAUGUCAAAGAAAUUAACUGUUUGAAAAAAAGACACCACCACUCUCAACGACAAAACUUGUUGAUAAUGAAAAAUGUCAAUUACAGGAAAUAGAAGAAACAAUCAGAAGAAGAGAACAGAGAAGCUAUUUAGUAUUAAGCGAUAAGGAAUCUGCUGCAGAAAAAAGCUAGAAAAAGUACGCAGAGCAUCUUGUGGCCUGAGGCAAAAAGUGAGAGAACUGAUGAAUAGCUGAGCAAAUGACUAGAUGGCUUCAGAUGCCUCUUACAGUGCAGAUAUUCUUAAGGCUGAAAGAAAGAUUUCAGCCAUUUUUGUGACCAAAAGAUAGCAUGAAAUUUAUUCUUUUUGGGUUUGGCAAGAGCUCUGGCUUGUAUGACACUAAAAUGAUUUCAUUUUAAUCUUGCUGCAUCCAGUGAACAUGCCAAGCACUAGGUGAAUCACUUCAGUUCUGGCAGGCUGGUCUACCUGCUUGUUGUUCUGAUGUUCUUUAGUGGCAUGACAUUUGGGCAUGUGAGCAUCUAUAUGAUGUACCUUUACAGCAGUGUUCUUUCCCCAGGUCACAAUGUCUUGCUACAAUACAGCAGCCCAGGUGAGUUUACUUCUGCACUGCCAGUUGGUCCAUUUCCAUUGCUGUAGCCACCCCCACAGGGCAUUUGCCACCACCCAGGAGUCAGUAUAGACUAUCAGCCACUUUUCUCAUUCAGCAGUCCCUAGUGCCAGAUGGAUGGCUUUCACAUCUGCAGACCAACUUGAUUCGCCUUCUCCUUCAGUGGCUUCUGCGACCCAUUGUGUGAGACUCCACACAGCAGCUUCUUUCCAUUUCUGAUGCUUUCCCACAACACGACAGGAUCCAUCGGUAAACACAGCUUAUUUCUUCUCAUGUCGUGGGGCCUCAGCACAAGCUACCUCCUUGGGCAGUGCUCUGAAAUGUCUGCUUUCUGGCCAGUCCAUGAUCUCUUCCAGGACUCCUGGGUAGCUGGGGUUCCCCAUUUGGGACUGUUGCAUGAUCAGCACUACCCACCUACUCCACAUAGCUUCAGUCGUGUGACAUGUAGAGGGGACCCCCCUUUGAACAUCCAGUGCAGCACAGACAAGAGGAACUGUGCUUCUGUACCACCUACUUCCAAAGUGGCUCAAGCCCCCUCAUAUGCUGCUAAUAUCUCCUUUUUCAGACAGGUGUAUUUCGUAUGACAUUCCCAUGAAAUAUAAUUUAAUUUACAAAUAAUUUAUAAUUAAAUAUAUGCUAAAUAUAUGUCAUGAAAAUACAU